AUGUUGAUAGUCUAUAUAUUAUCAUUACUUUUGAUAUGGUGGAUAGACUUUGGAAUCGUACAAGGAGGGGAUGAUGGUUGGGUAACACGACAAAAGGAUGAUUGGAUUUAUUAUCAACAACAAUAUGUCAAUGUAUCUCUUUCAAAUUAUUAUCUAUCUAUUGCUGCAGUUGGUGGAUGUAUAGGACAAAAUAGAUAUAAGUCAAGUGGAUUUCUAUAUCUAGAUGAUGGUCAUACUUUUGAUACUACUGGAAAAAAAUUGACUUCUAUUGCUGAUGAACCUUUAAUACAAACAGUAGCAAUAAAUACAUCUUAUAUGCAAUAUUUUGUGGAUGAUUAUGCCAUGAACCUUACUUUCUUACCCAGUUGGGAAAUACCUGAUAAACAAGCUGUAAUAUAUGAAAUCUCUUUUGAUCGUGCCAUUGUUGUUACUUUUCAAUUUUAUGACUUGGAAAAAAGAAGUAUCUCCAAUUUAUCUACAGGAGUUUUGAUUGAUUCUCUGGCUAUUCCUGAUGUAACUUUACCUCCAUUGACCCGUUAUAUCGAAAAGCUUUCCCACCGUGUUUCUCCUAUAUCUAUGCUGGUCUUUAUACCAACUCGAUUUUUAAGUCGUCAACCUUCCCAUCCAGUUCUUUUGUGUAUUUUUCUUAUGAUUGGCUCCUUUAUAUUUACUCAAGCAUGGAAUGUGAUCAAUAGUCAAUCAAGUAUAUUUCAUGAAUGGUUACCACGUGCAGCCAAGAUCAUCGAAUUGUUUCUCUCUUUCUUUUUAUAUGCUGUAUAUUUUUAUCCUCUCUUUUUAUGUUAUCAUGCAAGUAUUAACUCAAGAAUUGCAAAUAUAUUUGGUUGUUACUGUGUUAUUGUCCUAUUUGGCUUAAGGGUGACAGUAGAUCUUCCAUCUUAUGUGAUUACAUAUGCUAGAGAUCUACCAUUUCUGAUUUUGAAUGCCAUCAAUGCUAUAUUCAUCCUCAUUACCAAUUUUAUUGUUAUCACCUACUUUAUUGUUCGAUCUAUUACUUUUCAACCCUGUGAUUUAUGCCAUUUGGAAUUCCUGCAAGUCAAAGAUAUUGAAGAAACCUAUGUCAAACAACUUUUUAUGAGGAAUCAUCCUAACAAGAUCAAGAAAGUACCUCCUUUAUUACAACGAAUAAAAUCAUUUUAUCGCCAACGUUCAUGGAAAACUUUAACCGACAUUGAGAAACUUCAAUAUAUGUGGAAAAUAUGGAUGAAAAAGUUGCUUGGGAUUAAUGAACAUAUCAGAAUUCCUUAUCCUGUCAAGAUUUCUCUUUCAAUUCUUUUGUUUUGCUUAGGUCAGCUGGUACCUGUAGUGUUGAUUCAACUUCUUGGUGUUGGUGGUACUGUCCCUACUCAUAUUUGUCUUUGGUCUCCUUACCUUGCUCAACUACAGUAUCAACCCAAUCCUAUGAAGUUUGCCGAGAAAACUUUUUUAUUAAUGAAGAUCGCCGUUUAUCUUACUGUCCUUGGUGCUGGUGGAUAUUGUAUGAUAUAUACGUUGGGUAUAUUUCGCCGUGUGACCAAAGAUAUCACUAACCUUCGACGGGGUAACUAUGGAUUAUUCAAAGGAAAAAAGAACAACGACAUAGAUCUCGAUGAUGCUAUCCGAUUUAUGGGCGUUUGUAUUGGAUUUGGCUUCACAGGGACUUUAUACUGCAUGCUGGAGAUCGCAAUUAUUGGAGUAUUUGUGGUCAUGGUCAUUCAAUUGGAACGAGCAAGGGAUUAUGUCCUUAGCCAUCUUGGAUAUGGUGCUUUUUUCGCUAGCUUCUUUAUUGCCUUUAUUGUCCAAAUGAUUCAAAAACGUAUCACUCGAAUAUUAUUUUUAAGUAAAGAAUCUCAUUUUGAAAUCAAGAAUCGAUCUCCUUUAUUACACUAUUGGUAUUUUAUGAUGUUUACCUCUAUGACGCGUGCCUUGACAUCCUAUGUUUUGAGAACCCUGAAACUACUCUUACGAUAUCCUUUGUUUAGUGUACGAGUGGAUCGAAAUGCUGAAACAUGGAGUGUACGACGUGGUGAUGGUGGAUUUAUUGGUUAUUGUGGAAUGCUCAAAGCCGAACAUUAUUUUAAUAAUCCUGUGGUGCUAGUUUUUAUUGAAUGUAUCCUUCAUCGAAUGGUCAAGAAACAACGUAUCUUUGGUUCACUCUGUCAGAAACACUAUAUCAAAUUGGAUUUGGAAAAAACAACAUCAAAGAAACCUAGUCAGGUAGUAUCAAAUUCUGUGGCUUCUUGUCGUGCCAGAACUCGUUGGUUCCUUGCGAUUACACUUAUAAACAAUCCUGUUUUACGAAGGGCUCGUAGAUCAAUAAAUACCUGAUUACCUUGAACACUGUGUAUCAUUUUUGUCCAGGAUGAAAUAAAGACAUUUUGAACUCCGG